GGUGGGGCGGCGGCGCGCGGCGGGUGCGCGGCGGCAGCGGGAGUCGAGCGGGCUGAGGCAGAGGAGGAAGCGCCGAGCAGGAGCGGGAGCCGCAGCCCCCUCAUUUCACCGCAUCGCCACCAUGGGCCGGACACUCAGGACACUUGCGUUCCCCCUUGCCGUCGUUUCCCUGGCGUACUGCUUCUGCGGGCUGGCCGCGGUCGCAGCGACGAGCGGCGACAACGCGGUCGUCGACAUUUGUGGAAACUUUUCUGAUUGCACUUCCUGUAUUGAGAAUAAGACAAAUUCAGUAGUCUGCAAAUGGAUCAAAUGUGAAGACAAAGGCAUGUGUGUCAAUGAAGCAGAAAAAUCUACAAAGUAUGAAAAAUGUGAAACUGAAAUACAGUGUUCCUCUCCAGUUUCUCCUAGAAGCGAUCCUGAGCACAAUGAAACCACACCUACCAGUCCCACUGUAACACCGACCAAGACRACCACAGCAUCUUCCACCGUGACCACAGCAUCUUCCACCGUGACCACAGCAUCUUCCAAUGCUACCACAGCAUCUUCCAAUGCUACCACAGCAUCUUCCAAUGCUACCACAGCAUCUUCCAAUGCUACCACAGCCAGUUCUGCCACCACAACUCAUACUCCUAUAGCCAACGUCACCAAUGCAACUACUCACGCUCCUCAACCUGCAACUACCAUUACUUCAGCUACCACAACACCCACUUCUGCAGGUUCAAAUACUACUGUGGCUCCUGUACCUGGUCCACGCAAAUCUACGUUUGAUGCUGCGAGUUUCAUAGGUGGAAUUGUCCUUGUUCUGGGUCUGCAGGCUGUUAUUUUCUUUCUGUACAAAUUCUGCAGAUCUAAAGACCGAAAUUACCAUACGCUUUAGGACYUGCCUCUUGGUAAUGGACUAGUAGCCCAACACCUGUAGUUCACUGAACCAAAAUAUUUUCUGUUGUUCAUGGAAGACAGCAGUUUAUAAUGUCCUUUAAAUCUCUAAAAGAMGACUUUAAAUGAAUAUUUUUGCAACAUUAUACUUGGCAAGAGGUGAUAUGAAUCUCUUCAACAGGAUUACUUGCAAUAUGCUGCAUGGGUUCUAAUGGCUGUUUUAUUUUCUUUUAGCGGCUGCUGAUGUGGGACUUUUCUUGAUAUGCCAAAUGUAGACGUUCAGAGAUUCUUAUUCAGUGGCAACACUGUCCAGU